AUGGACCAGGUCCGCGCAAAGCUCGACCAGCUCAAAGCUUCGCUCGAGGGCAACAUUGACUUUGUCGGCCAGGACCUCGCAGAGCAGCGCGCAAAGUGGCUCCUCUGGUCAUCUGCACUCAUCGCCCUCCUCGUCGGCGCCGUCCUCCAGUCGGUCCGCCUCUCGCUCGGCAUCUUUGCCGUCGGCUUCUUCGCCACCCUCGCCCUCGUUCUCCCUCCCCUCCCGGCCUACACCGCCCACCCGGUCAAGUGGCUCGACACGCUCGACGAAUUCGGCAAGCCCCUCGCACCCGAAGCAGCCGUCGCAGGGCCGAGCGAGACGCGGAAAGCCCGAUGA